GCAAACCCUAAGAAGUCGCAACUAUAAAUUGCUUUUGUAGUCUCGCUUCCCCUCGCCGCCGGACUGCUCUCACUCCACACGUUCUUCUACUUCUUCUCACAGAUCGAUUUUAAAAGCUAAGAAUCAUGCAAAACGAAGAAGGUGUCGUCACUGAGCUAUACAUUCCCAGGAAAUGCUCGGCCACAAACAGAUUGAUCACAUCAAAGGAUCAUGCCUCUGUUCAGCUUAACAUCGGUCAUCUUGACGCCGAUGGUAUCUACACUGGCCAGUUCACCACCCUUGCUCUCUGUGGGUUUGUCCGUGCUCAGGGAGACGCAGACAGUGGCGUCGACAGGCUCUGGCAGAAGAAGAAGGUCGAAACCAAACAACAGUGAUAUAAGAAGAGAUUGAGAGAAUCUAUGCUGCUGCCUCUUUUUUUAUUUUUGGGAUGUUUUUUAUUUGAAUUUUCCUUAGUUUCGAACUCUGUUUGGGUUUUCUGGUUUAUGAAAGAUUACUAAGUUUUAAAUGAACUAUCUUGAAAUUGGCAUCGAUCAAUCAAGUAGAGAGUAGUUUUCUCUA